AUGGACAUAUAUGAACUACUCAAAUGGGACGUCUUCAAGGUUAACAAGGUGGAAAACGGAAUAUAUAUGGAUUCUUCCAAGAGCGAUUGGAAUCCUCGGGUGAACAUCCAAUUACUCGAAAAGUUCAGUGCAUAUUCCACGAGUACCUCAUUUGCUACAGAUUGA